AUGCUUAUGAUCAAGCUUAUUCAUUAUUCUGGAUUAAUGUUAACGUAUUGUAGCCUAGACUGAGUCUGUUCUAGGUCUGUCUUAGAAGUCUUUGAAGUUAGUGUAUUUCUCUUUAUAAAUAUGUACUUUAUUUCAUAUUUUCUACGUAUGUGCUUUGUAAGCACUGUUAAAUAUUGAAAGACAGACAAGCACAAACACACAGUGGUGUCAUAAGUAUAUCGGGUGUUUUUCAGUUAUAAGUUUAAUAGUUAUAUUUGGCAGUUCGACAAGUGUACAGUUUUUCUGAUACGUUGCACUUUUUUUUAAAUAUUAUGUUAGGCAUUAAUUGUUCAGGAAAUACCUAAUAAACACCCGAUAAUUUUGAUAUGGGCUAAUAUCUUAGGAGCUAUAGGCACGAGGCUGGGAGGAUAGCUAAAGCCCACACAAAGCAAAUUAAAAGUAGUUUAGGACGUCGCAUCUCUAGGAAGCUCAGAGACACACUGACCUGUGCACUAGAAUUAUUAACUGAAAAAGUGAUAAGCACCGCUGGAGGACCUCUCAGUCCAGGUGAAGCUUUAAGAAGACUUUUAGAAUGUGUCGCUGGAGGAAUAUUACUUCCAGGAAGUCCAGGAUUAUCUGAUCCAUGCGAGAAAGAACCAGUUGAUGCAAUAGGCAAUAUGACAGCCCAACAAAGAGAAGAUAUAACUGCUUCAGCUCAACAUGCUUUACGAUUGGUUGCAUUUCGUCAAAUUCAUAAAGUUUUGGGCAUGGAACAACUUCCACCACCUAAAUAUAAGGGCCGAUAUGCUAGAAAACGAAGACGCGACAACAGUAACGGAGAAGGGACAGAUAGUGAGGCUUCAAAAAAGGAUAAAAAAACAGAGGAGAUCAAAAUGGAGACUGACUCCAAGUAGAUCUACCAAAAUAUUCGCUUUAUCGGUUUACUCAUAACUUAUAUAGUAUAAGAAACAAAUUUUUCUCGUGUCAAUUGCUUGUUCAAUGAGGUAUUAGUAAAUCUAAUCUUUUAAUGACAAAAAAUUGUACACUGCUUUAAAUGACUUUUAAUGAGCAGUUCAAUUUUUUUUUAAGCAAGUUCUAAAUUCCUUUAAAAUAACAAAUGCAAUAUUUCAGAUUCCAUUUAUUAAAUUCAUUUUAUGUAAACAUUACAAAAUAAGAAUGAUGUUAUUUUAAGAUAAAUAAGAACCGCUUGCAAAUAUUUCAUUAGACAUUUCUAGAUUUAAAUUAGAUCUUUCCUACAACAGGCAAUUGAUACGAUUAGUUCCAGCACUAGGAUUUUGUCAAAGAAAAUGAUGAAUGCGUUAUUAAUUAGUUUUGAAUUACUUAUUUAGCUAUAUUUCACAGUCAUGAUGUAUGACAAAGACGUUUAAAGGGUUAUGAACACAAAAGGGUCAUGAACAUAUUUAUAAGUUUUGAAAAGUUAAGAGUAGGUUAGUUUGUAUUGAGAAUUCGUGUGUAAGUUGUGUGUGUAGUCGUAAAGAAAUGCAGAAUGCUUCUCUGCAUAAAACAACUCCUAACACCCUAUGUUCACAUCGCGUGUACUAAAUUCACGCAGAAGAUUCCAAGAAAGCAGAGUUGAAAAUCAAUUAUUAAGAUAGACGCUUUGUUGUCUAAUGAAGCUUAUGUACACGUAUCAAGAAUUCCUAAUAUUUUCUGUAGUUUGUUUAAAAAUUUCACCGGAAGUCAAAUACUAUCUCAAAAUGUUCAUAUUUAAUAAAUUUUUUUCUGAUAUAGUGUAUGAAUCUUCUGUUGUACACAUGCAAAUCCUCUUUGAAUAAAUUGAACAUGCAUGAGAUAAGAAUAAGGUUUUCUUCACUUCCAUAUUCCUUUGCAUAUUAUAAUAUUGUGUAAGAACUUUCACAAAUAAGAUGAGCUGAAAAUAAGCAUCCUUUAACAAGGCCACACACACAAUAGCACUUCGAUUGUAUGAUUAUAAUUAUUAACUAAUUUUUUACAGAAAGGCAAACUCUUGA